AUGCGAGGCACUCUGUCGAAUCAAGAUUUGAUAAGAUUGGAGGUAUUAGAUUUACGCAGAAAUAUUAUGGAAGGGGGUAUUCCUCAAAAUAUUGGGAAGAUAUCCCAUCUUAAAGCUCUGUAUUUGGCAGAUAAUUACUUCAAUGGCUCUUUGCCGGUCCCUGUUACAUCAUAUUCAAAACCAAGCCAAAACUUUCUUCGGUUCAUGGAUAUUAGCCAUAAUGAUUUUGAAGGUUCCUUCUCUUUUAGCUCCUUAUUCAAUCACUCCAAGCUUGAUGUGGUCGUAAUUGGGAGCACAGGAAACAAACUACAGAUUGAUAAUGAUGAACAAGCAGGGAUUCCAUUGUUUCAGCUAAAGGCAUUGUGGUUUUCGAAUUGCAACCUGAAGAAUGCUCCUCUGUUUUUGCUAAACCGGCAUCGGUUAAUAUGGGUUGAUAUCUCGCACAAUAACUUGAGCGGAGCCUUGCCUAUCUGGUUGCUUGAAAAUAACACUGAUCUACGGUUUCUGUACCUUGGGAAUGGCUCGUUUAUCGGGAAUCUCGAUCCUCUUCCGGAGAAUCCUAUGAGUCGUAUGGUUUAUGUUGAUGUAUCAAUCAUAUUGAAGGGCAACUUCCAAUGGAUAUUGGACUGUUUCUUCCAAAUUUUACAGUAUCUCAAUUUAUCCAACAACUUGUUUGUAGGCGAGCUCCGGUCCUCGGUUGGUGUCAUGACGAAGCUGUCGUGGUUGGAUUUAUCCUUCAAUAAUUUAUCAGGGGAAGUUCCACAUGAACUGGUAGAAAAUUGCAUUGAUCCAGUUGGUUUGAUGUUGAACAACAGUUUUCAUGGUGAAUUCUUUUCCACUCACUUUAACUUGAGUGGAGUACAAGUGUUGAGACUGAGGAACAAUGAGUUCACCGGAAGUCUAAUAACAAAGAAGGAAUUCUAUAGUUCCAUGAAACUCUUUGAUGUUAGCAACAACAACAUGGCCGGUGAGAUUCCUAAUGGAAUAGAUGCUGAGGUUCUUUUACUGCGGAGCAAUUCUUUUGAAGGCCACAUUCCAUGUCAGGGACGGAUCUCCCCUUAG